AUGGUUUGGGAGGGAGGAAUCGAGCCUAAUGGCACAGAAGGCAAGAACUUCUACAUUCCCAUGUCCAACAGGACUGGGAUUGUUAGAAGUCCUUUUGAAUACCCACAGUACUAUUUGGCAGAUCCUAUCAUGUACAAGCUUCUAGCUUGCUACAUGUUCUUCUUGAUCUGCACUGGAACUCCCAUCAACGGUCUGACCCUGUUGGUUACGGCUCAGAACAAGAAGCUCCGGCAACCUCUGAACUACAUCCUGGUCAACCUGGCUGUGGCCGGACUGAUCAUGUGCGCCUUUGGAUUCACCAUCACCAUCACAUCUGCUGUGAACGGCUACUUCAUUCUUGGAGCCACUGCCUGUGCUGUUGAGGGAUUUAUGGCCACACUUGGAGGUGAAGUCGCUCUCUGGUCCCUGGUAGUCUUGGCUGUUGAGAGAUACAUCGUUGUCUGCAAACCCAUGGGAAGCUUCAAGUUCACCGGCACUCAUGCAGGAGCUGGAGUUGCUUUCACCUGGAUCAUGGCUUUUGCAUGUGCUGGACCCCCACUGUUUGGCUGGUCCAGGUAUCUUCCUGAGGGCAUGCAGUGCUCCUGCGGACCUGACUACUACACUCUGGCUCCAGGCUUCAACAACGAGUCAUACGUCAUCUACAUGUUUGUCGUUCACUUCUUCCUUCCCGUCUUCAUCAUUUUCUUCACUUAUGGAAGCCUUGUGCUGACAGUCAAAGCUGCCGCAGCAAUGCAGCAGGAGUCAGAGUCCACCCAGAAGGCUGAGAGGGAAGUGACACGCAUGUGCGUCUUGAUGGUCAUUGGAUUCCUGGUAGCUUGGGUGCCAUACGCAUCUUUUGCCGGUUGGAUUUUCAUGAACAAGGGAGCUAGCUUUACUGCCCCGACAGCAGGUAUUCCUGCCUUCUUUGCAAAGAGCUCAGCCCUGUAUAAUCCUGUUAUCUACGUGCUGAUGAACAAACAGUUCCGUAACUGCAUGCUGAGCACUGUUGGAAUGGGCGGCAUGGUGGAGGAUGAGUCCUCAGUCUCUGCCAGCAAGACAGAAGUGUCCUCCGUCUCUUAAAUACAAAGACAUUUUCGUACACCUGGACAUUUUCCUUUCGAUGGUCUCUUUGGUUGUGAAUAAACCUGGAUGUGGACUAAGUGAAGAUCAGGGAUGUCUGGAGUACUUGCCCAGUGAUGAACAGCUCCAGCAACAAAAUCAGAAACUGCAUUUUCUGUUUGUUUUUUUUAUUGGAAGGAUGUUGGAACGUGUUUGUCAUGUAGAUGUGAUUUAGAAUCAUUGCAAAUAAUGGUAAGAUCUGUGAAUGCUCACUUUGACUCUUCUUGCUGUCAGAGGUUACUCACUGAAACAUUUAAACUAUUUUGCAUUAUGGAAUCUGCUCAACAUCCUGAAAGAAAAUUUGGUUUGAAUGCAACAAUAUUCUUUUCUUUCUGUUUCAUCAAUGGGAACACACUUUGUAUUGGGUUUUGGUUUUUUUUGUUUUUUAAUUGAGCAACUGUAUAAGUUGUAAAACUCCACGUUUCUGUCACUUGCUGGGUUGGUCAACCUGAACUGUAAACUUUGUAUAUAUUAAUGAACAUAGAUAAAUAAAUGCAUGCAUAAAUAUGUGUUGUCACAUUGAGUUAAUUUCAAACAACAUGCCAAAAAAAUACAGGCUGCCAAUCAUGUAAAAAGGUGAUUAUUAGGGGGUAGUAAAGGACAAGUGAUUAUACUAGUAGUUUAACUACAUUUCGCAAUAGCUUGCUGAUAGGUCAACAAUGUGUAUCAUAUUUGCAUAGUAUAGUAUAUUUGCAUUUGCAUAGAAGUAAUCAUUUAAAAAAUGAUUUAAAAUGUUUUCUUUUAACCCUUUUUU